AUGGGAAACCAUACAAAAGUUACUGUGUUUGUUCUAGCAGGUUUGACUGAUGACCCACAAUUGAAAGUUGUAUUAUUUAUCUUCCUGCUUCUCACCUACUUGCUCACAAUAUCAGCUAAUCUAAUCAUCAUCACACUCACCCUGUUGGAUGCUCACCUCAAGACUCCCAUGUACUUUUUCCUUAGGAAUUUUUCCAUCUUAGAAAUCUCUUUUACUACUACAUGCAUCCCUAAAUUGCUGGUUAUGAUGGCAACUGGGGACAAAACCAUUUCCUAUAACAGUUGUUUCACUCAAUUGUUUUUUAUAUUCUUUCUUGGAGCAUCUGAAUUUUACCUGCUGGCAGUCAUGUCCUAUGACGGCUAUGUUGCCAUCUGUAAGCCCCUGCACUGCACAACCAUCAUGAAUAGCAAAGUCUGCACACAGCUUGUCCUCAGUUGUUGGGUCGCUGGGUUCUUUACCAUCUUUCUAACACUUCCCUUUGGUCUAUACCUUGACUUCUGUGCUUCCAACAUUGUUGAUCAUUUCUUCUGUGACACUGCUCCCCUCCUGCAGAUCUACUGCUCAGACACAACUCUCCUGGAGACCACAGGUUUCAUCUCAUCUUCAGUGACACUCUUGGUCAUGUUGGUAAUGGUGAUAACAUUGUACACCUACAUUGCAUUGACAAUCUUAAAAAUCCCUUCAGCUAAUCAGAGGAAAAGGGCAUUUUCCACAAGUUCUUCCCACAUGAUUGUGAUCUCCCUCUCUUAUGGCAGCUGCAUCUUCAUGUAUGUUAAACCCUCAGGCCAACAAAGAAUUCCCUUUUCCAAGGGAAUUGCAGUGCUCAGUAGUUCAGUUGCCCCACUUUUGAGCCCUUUCAUCUACACCCUAAGGAACCAACAAGUGAAAAAAGCCUUCUUGCAUAUGAUACAAAGGUUUAUCUCUUUCUCAAAGAAAUGA